UCCGCCAAUGCAGAUUUAAAGAAGAAUUGCACUCAUUUCUAUUUUUACUCCAGCGCUGCGCUGUUUUGUAUUGUGAUAAAUACAUUUUUAAAGGAAGUAAUCAUUUAAUAGCCGAAACAGAACAGAAAAAAAAGUUUACGUGAUGCAUUCAGUGGGCCAAAUCAUGUAAAACACUGGUGAAAUCAGGCGCUACAUUUGAGUGACGUCAUCCUACUACUGCAACCUGACUGGAACAGACGAAGAGGAAGAGAAAAUCCAUCCAUUGCGUUGAUUGUGUGACUGCGGACGUUGAUUCGAGGAGCAGAAGCAGCACCGCCCGUUCCAACCCUGUUUACAUUGAUAUCUCAAGUGAAAAACAACACAUAACUGCCCAAAUAUCUGCGGCCAUGGAGUCGCAUGGCAAAGAGGAACUCAAGGGACCAGUGUUACAUAUCGUGGUGGUCGGAUUUCACCACAAGAAAGGCUGUCAGGUGGAAUACUCCUACCCUCCACUCAUCCCUGAGGAGGGCCAUGACAGCAACAACCUGCCUGAGGAGUGGAAGUACCUGCCUUUCCUAGCCCUGCCUGACGGGGCACACAACUACCAAGAAGACACCGUGUACUUUCACCUCCCUCCUUUCAGUGGAGCAGAUAUGAAGUGUGUGUAUGGAGUCUCCUGCUAUCGCCAAAUAGAGGCUAAGUCCCUGAAGGUCCGACUGGCUGACGUCACCAGGGAGACGGUCCAGAAGAGCGUGUGUGUCCUCAGUCGAGUGCCUCUGUACGGUCUUCUUCAAGCUAAACUACAGCUCAUCACACACGCCUACUUUGAGGAGAAAGACUUCUCACAGAUAUCCAUAUUGAAAGAGUUGUAUGAACACAUGAACGGUUCUCUGAGAGGAACGGCUCUGGAGGGAUCACAAGUGUUCCUGGGUAUGUCACCAAGAGAUUUAAUACUGCACUUUCGACACAAGGUUCUUAUUCUCUUCAAACUGAUUCUGCUGGAGAAGAAGGUGCUGUUCUACGUAUCUCCAGUCAACAGACUGGUAGAAGCUCUGAUGACUGUACUGUCACUGUUCCCAGGCAUGAUAGAGCACGGCCUGGCCGACUCGUCCCACUACCAGCCCAAGAGCAGUGUCUCAGAGGACAUCAGCCUGCUGGAGUGUGUGUCGGGGGCUGAGGAGUUUGUCUCUGUCUCUGUCACUGACAUCACCAACGCUACGCUGGAGCUGGUAGGGGAGGAGGGUUUCGGUGAGGACCAGACUACCACCACCUCCACGGAGGCCUCACAGCGGACAGCCUCACCCCCAGACACCUCCACCCCAGCUGGGGCUAGCACAAACCUCAAGCCCCCCUCCCGUACCUCCCCAGACUCGUCAGAGAGCGACUGGGAGACACUGGACCCUAGCGUGCUGGAGGACGUUCCAAAAGAUUCUGAGACACGGGGUUUAGGUUUGGGGGUGGAGCACCCAGAGACGUUUGACCCAGAGCCAGGUGUCCCCAUCACAGUUCAGCCCCAGGGCCAGUCAGCAGGGCAAGGGGAGCAGGUGGCUGUCACUCAGGGCCUAGUGUCAGGCCUGGAGGAGGACCAGUACGGACUGCCACUUGCCAUCUUCACCAAGGGUUACCUGUGCCUGCCCUACAUGGCCUUGCAGCAGCACCACCUGCUGUCAGACGUGACGGUGCGCGGCUUUGUCGCUGGGGCAACCAACAUUCUCUUCCGUCAGCAGAGGCACCUGAGUGACGCUAUCGUUGACGUGGAGGAGGCUAAGAUCCAGAUCGGGGACCCAGAGUUGAGGAAGCUGCUGAGCCUGACCACGGCUGACCUGCGUUUCGCCGACUACCUGGUCAAACACGUCACGGAGAACCGCGAGGACAUCUUUCUGGACGGGACAGGCUGGGAGGGAGGGGACGAAUGGAUUAGGGCCCAGUUUGGACUUUACGUCCAUUCUCUCCUGUCCUCUACCUUACAAGAAGACAAUGAGAAGUUGCUAGCGGACUGGGGCACGCCCUUCAUCUCAGCCUGGAGGAUCACACACAACUACAGAGUGUGGUUCAGCAACAAACACCCAGCCAUGGCCAAGAUCACCCCAGGCCAUCCGUUCCAAGGGCAGUACAGUGCUGCUGAUCUGAAAUUAAGAUUCUCACACUCGGUGCAGAACAGCGAACGGGGGAAGAAAAUUGGAGCAGCUGUGAUCACCACCAGUCGGAGUGUCGUGCAGACCGGGAAGGCAGUAGGUCAGUCGGUGGGUGGAGUGUUAACCAGUGCUAAGUCAGCCAUGUCGUCCUGGUUCUCUACGUUGGCCCAGCCUGCUAUUUUAGCCACUUCCGCAGCCUCCCCUGAGCCUCAGUCACCUACCGAGGCCAAGCCUUGACCACCUACCUGCUGCCUGCCUCCUAACCUAACCUUAGCCUCUGUCACAGGCUUUAGCCAACAUGAGUUAAUUAAGCCUAGGAGCCGAGGAUACCCUAACCUAAACCCCUCCAACGGUCCUUCCCCAGGUGUCUCUCAAUUCAUCUUUCCUUGAUUCCCUGCAUCCUUUCUCCUGAGCUCCUUCACAAACCCUAUUGGAGGUCAGAGGGGAGGCAUCUUGGACAGUGUCCUCCAAUACGGUUGAGGAGGCGAGGAGACGGGAUGUGACACACUCCUCUUAUUCCUCCUCUCCCCCUUUCUUUCAGAACCAGCUAGUUACAGAGAAGGAACCGGGGUCAGGUGGGAAGGAUAGGUUGAAUUUUGCGUGUUUGGGGAAAGGUUUUAUUUUAUGAAGGAUUUGAUUCAGGCCUCUGAUGGGAUACCACAACACAGCAGAGGGAUCCAGGUCUUUGUCAUAAAUGAUACCCUAUUCCCUAUGUAGUUCACAACUUUUGCCCAGGGCCCAUAGAGUACUGGUGAUAAGUAGUGCACUAGGAAUAGAUGCCAUUUAGGACACAAACCUGGUCUGCAGUACCCUCUCCCCUCCAUCCCCAGGUUACAACUGCUCCAGCAUGGAGGACAGAUCGACAUGGGCAGAUGAGAGGAAUAGCCACUUGUGCUAAACAGACCGGCAGAAAUAUCCUCAGAGCCCAUCCUCAGAGCCUCAGACACUUCAGAUUUCGGUGUGUUUUUCUCUGUGUGGUGGAAGACCUUUUUGUGUUUUAUCCAAUGCCAGUGUUUUGCUCUAACUGUAUUCCAACAAGGUGUACACUGUAUAUACUGACAGUGUGAAACCAGUGCAUCGCUGGCUGGAAGCUGUUACUGUAAAUAAGAUGCUGGGUCAGAGCAAGUUAUUCUCAGUUUACUGGAUAGGACAGACAACCUAUGUCCGUGUCCCAAAUGGAACCCUUACCGUAGUGCACUAUAAAGAGAAGAGGGUGCCAUUUGGAACAGAUACUGUUUGUCAUUCCUUCAGGUUAAGAAACCUGCUUUUUAUCUUUUUCCUCAUUAUGUCUGCACUAUACAUGUAAUAGUGAACUUUUAUAAAGAUAGUUGGAGUAUGGGAUAAAAUGAAUUUAUUAGUUGUAUAUAGUUUGUUGGACUUGUACAAAUAAUAGUGAUGACACGACUGGAACCAAUCUCUACCUGAUCUAUGGCUCACUAUUGUGCAUCUGAAAUGGCACCCUAUUCCCUAUAGGUCACUACUUUUGACUAAGGCCCUUUAAACCUAUUCUGUAGAAAGUGCACUACGUAGGCAAUUGGUUGCACCUAUACAUAGGAAAGAUUAUAUUUCUAUGUACUCUCUUAGUCUAUACUUGUUACUUUGAGAUGAUUACAGUACUUUCUCCCCAACUGUUUGUAUUGAAGUUGAACAUUUAGGAAAUAAGUGUGUAUAUAUAUAUUUAUCUUCGAGAUCUGGGACUGUAUCCACUAAAAGUCGGAGUAAGAGUGCCGAUCUAGGAUCCCAUAUAACCUUAUCCAUUACGAUCUAAAAGGCCAAACUGGUCCUAAAUCAGCACUCGUACGCAGACGUUUAGACAUGGGCCCAGGUCCAGUUUUUAAACUGUAAUAAUGACAGCUUUGGACCAUCAUCUCUUUGAAUUCCCGUCUUGACUUUUAAACUAAAAUCUGAGUCAUUCGUAUUGCCUGUAUGCUUCAUUUGUUGCUGUUGAACUCAAAUGUACUUAAGUAUGCAAAGAAAAACAUUUAAUCUGACAUAUUUAGGGUUUUGAAAAUGUGAAGUUAAUUUAUGCUGCAUUAAAUAUGAAAAAAAAUGGAAA